GGGAGCCGUAAGGCUCGGAGGCGGCAGCGCGGCCCCCGGCCAGGAGUGAGCGCGGCGGCAGUGAGGCUGCGGGGAAGGGGACUAGUAGAUCCCGGAGAUGCCGGAGUUCCUGGAAGACCCCUCGGUCCUGACGAAAGACAAGUUGAAGAGUGAACUGGUCGCCAACAAUGUGACUCUCCCGGCCGGGGAGCAGCGCAAAGACGUGUACGUGCAGCUCUACCUGCAGCACCUCACUGCACGCAACCGGCCGCCGCACGCCGCGGGCGCCAACAGCAAGGGGCCCCCGGACUUCUCCAGCGACGAGGAGCGCGAGCCCACCCCAGUGCUCAGCUCCGGGCCCUCCACCGCGGGCCGCGGCCGCGCCACCGUCGGCAGGAAAGCAACAAAGAAAACUGAUAAGCCCAGACUGGAAGAUAAGGAUGAUCUAGAUGUAACAGAGCUCUCUAAUGAAGAACUUCUGGAUCAGCUUGUGAAAUAUGGGGUGAAUCCUGGUCCUAUUGUGGGAACAACCAGGAAGCUGUAUGAGAAAAAGCUAUUGAAACUGAGAGAACAAGGACCAGAAUCAAGAUCUUCUACUCCUCUACCAACAAUUUCCUCGUCAGCAGAAAAUACUAGGCAGAAUGGAAGUAAUGACUCUGACAGAUACAGUGACAAUGAAGAAGACUCUAAAAUAGAGCUCAAGCUUGAGAAGAGAGAACCACUAAAGGGCAGAGCAAAGACUCCAGUAACACUCAAGCAAAGAAGACUUGAGCACAACCAGGUGGGAGAAAAAACAGAGGAAAGAAGAGUAGAAAGAGAUAUUCUUAAGGAAAUAUUCCCCUAAGAAGCAUCUACACCAACAGGAAUUAGUGCUAGUUGCCGCAGACCAAUCAAAGGGGCUGCAGGCCGGCCAUUAGAACUUGGUGAUUUCAGGAUGGAGGAAUCUUUCUCAUCUAAAUAUGUUCCUAAGUAUGUUCCUUUGGCAGAUGUCAAAUCAGAAAAGACAAAAAAGGGACGUUCCAUUCCCGUAUGGAUAAAAAUUUUGCUGUUUGUUGUUGUGGCAGUUUUUUUGUUUUUGGUUUAUCAAGCUAUGGAAACCAACCAAGGAAAUCCUUUCUCUCGUUUUCUUCAUGAUGAAAAUAGAAAAUCCACCUGAAUUAUAUCACUUUGGCACAUUCAACUUGGUCUCCUAUUUUUAAUAACUAGAAAAACAUUUGUGUAUAUUUGUUGACUCAAGAACUAAAAAUAAUGUGAUUUCACUUCAAAUUUAAUAUUCCAUGGAAAAGCAAACAAGAUAUCUGAAUGAACUUCAUUUAAAUGUUUUGGACUUUGGACUAGUGGGAGAUCACUUUGUGCCAUAUGAAUAAUCUUUUUUAGCUCUGGAACUUUUUGUAGGCUUUAUUUUUUUAAUGUGGACAUCUUAUUUCAUUUUUGGGAAAAUAUAUUGUUUUGUGUAUUUGGAAAACAAGGGCAAAACAUGGUAGUAUAAUGUGAAAUUACACAUUUAAAUACUUUGAAUUCUUACAGAAAAGAUUAAGAAUUAUUCUCUGCUGAAUAAAAUUUUACAGUGGUGGAACAUUGAAA